UCACGUUUGCAGGCUUUCCAAUAUCUCUUCAAAUCUUCAAAACCAAAAUUGCAACAAAUCUCAAUUUGAUUCGAUCAAGAAUUAAUUGGGUUAACCUAGGAUGCUGUCAUAUAUAUGUACAAGAAUUGCGGACAGAAAGAGGAGGUCUGGCCGCCUCCAAGAAUCAAAACCAACGAAAAAAACUUCAAAAAAGGAAGAAAACUCAAAUACGUUUUGGAGGAUAGAGAGGUUCUCGAGACAAAUAAAACGCUAAAACACGUUUCUGAUAUUGCUCUGGAGCUAUUGCAAUCUCCACCAUCAAUUAGAACACUCAGAACCGCGCCCCAUAGUCACGGUUUAUUCUUUUUUUCUUCAAAGUCAAAUUCAAUGAUUCGUGCACGAUUAAUAUAAUUUGUUUGUGUGUUUGUGUUCUGGACGUGAUUUCGGAGCUUUCUAUAUAGAUUAAUUGAAGUUUGGUUACAAGAGUGAAGAAACACCAUUGUUAGGUUGACAAAGCUUCGAAUUGGGGCUUUGUAAACCGGACAAAAUUGGGAGAAGUUAUUGUUAUAGCCAUGCUCAGGGAAUGAUUUCGAGUUGAUUCAUGGUUUUCUCUGGGAUUUAUAUUAUGUAUUGGUGAUUUUGUUGAUUUACAGGCCUACAGUAACAUGCCAAAACCGUUGCCAAAGGUUUUUUUAAUCUGCAGAAAAAACGUGAGGAAGAGGAUGAAUGGCUGGGCGCGAAAAUCAUUUUUUUGUUCCUUUAACGUGAUUUUUUUUAUAUAUUUAUUUCGUUUCAUUGUAUAACCAGCGUGCAAAUCCAGUUCGGUUGGCCAAGGGUGAGAACAAGCAAUCUUCAUUACCUGGGUUCGAAUCCGACCCAGGGCGUUUUUUCCUUUCUUUUUUAGCAAAACAUUUGUUUUCAGGUCAUGUACACACGCCUCCAUACACAUACAAUGCAUCCUCAGAUCUGGGCCAUUGGACAACCAGCAAACAAGAUCAAACGCCCUAGGAGCGUAGGUGCACCAUGGAUCAUCAAAGGGGCGCCACACAGAAUCACCACCAGAAUAGUUACACUUCCAUUUCAAGCAGAAAAGAUGAAGGAUGCAGAUGUAUCAAAGCAGAUCCAGCAGAUGAUUAGGUUCAUCCGCCAAGAAGCCGAAGAGAAAGCCAAUGAAAUAUCUGUUGCUGCAGAAGAGGAAUUCAACAUUGAGAAACUACAAUUACUCGAAGCUGAAAAGAGGAAGAUCAGACAAGAAUACGAGCGAAAAGCCAAACAGAUCGAUGUUCGUAGAAAGAUUGAAUACUCAAUGCAGUUGAAUGCAUCUCGUAUAAAAGUACUCCAAGCACAAGAUGAGGUUGUAAGUUCUAUGAAAGAUGCUGCUAAAAAAGGACUUUUACGCAUCUCAAGUGAUAAGAAAGUAUACAAGAAACUCAUCAAAGAAAUUAUCAUUCAGGGUUUACUGCGCAUGAGAGAAUCAUCUCUAUUGCUAAGAUGUCGAGAGACUGAUCGUAAACUAGUCGAGUCACUGCUAGAUGAAGCCAAAAAGGAAUACUCAGAGAAAGCUAAUGUGGAAUCUCCUAAGGUUACUAUUGAUGAUCGUGUUUACCUUCCUCCACACCCGAAAAAUAGUGUUGUGGAUUCGCAUGAACCUUUUUGUUCUGGAGGUGUAGUUUUGGCUUCUGAGGAUGGAAAGAUCGUGUUGGAGAGUACUCUUGAUGCACGACUUGAUGUCAUUUUUCGACAGAAGUUACCUGAGAUUCGAAAGCGUUUGUUAGAUUGAAGUUGAAACAACUCAAAGAAAUCUGAAUUCUAUCUUAUAAUUAUAUCAACAUGUGGAAGGGCAGGGACAUUGCCAUCUAUUUUGGAAGUUUAUUAGAGCAAAUGACACUCAUUUUAACUUUAUGUUUCAUUUUGUUUUAAGGUUAUGUGCUGAGUGUCUUUAAUAUUUGUAUUGUUUAUGAAAUUAAGCGAUAUACAAUAAUAAUGUAAAAAAACAAUGUGUGAUGUUUUAUCUCAA